AUGAUUUCCCGAUCAGCACUUCAAACAAAUGGAGCCAAUUUUAUUCUAGACCAUUUUGAUGUAUUUUUUUCUAUACUUAUUCAUGGAAACAAAGUUGAGAUAUCAGUUAUUAUACGUGGUUUCAACAGACUUCAUAAAGCUAUGGAAAUGUUGAUAGUUGAUAUGGAAAGUAUAUUUGAGAGAGGAAGUACAUUGGAAGAAGAAAAUAGAUUAAGAUUAUUAAGUAUAACUAAAAUGCUUGCAUACUUACUUUCCUGGUUCAUAUGCCAUAUAGAUGAAGAAAUUUCUAAGGAUGCAAAUGAUAAAUAUGUGGGCAAGCGCAAAAAAUCUGAAAAAUCAGACAUGGAAGAAGAAUGGGAAAGUAGUAGAGAAAAAGCAUUGGUGUAUAUUUAUAGAUUGUUACAAUUACCAUUACAAAAACUUUGGCAACCACCUAUUGUUGAAGAUUCAUUUGUCACAUUAUUAACUAAAGUGUGUUAUAAAGUUUUAGAACAGUGUAGAGAUUCAAAGCAAAAACAUAUAAAACAAACUAUUUUUGAGAUUUUAGGUACUGCAAUUAAGAAAUAUAAUCAUGGUAUAAGCUGUGUAGUAAGAAUUAUUCAGUUGGUGAAAUUACAUGAUGUAUUAGCAUCUCAUAUUGCAACUGGAGUCAUUCAUAUGAUUAAGAAUUGUGGUUGUAAUGGUUUAAUAAGAGAAGUCAUGAAAGAAAUUGAUCAAUGUGAACCAUCUGAAACUGAUAGUCGCAAUAUAUCGAUAUUUUUGGAAACCAUUGCUACUUCUGAACCAAACUUUAUAAUUCCUAUUCUUGGUGAUAUAAUGGAUUAUUUAGCUAGUGAACAUUAUACUAUGAGAAAUUGUACCAUUAAUAUCAUAGGAGCAAUUGUACAAAAAGCCUUAACUGGAGAUGAUCUCACACAAGAACAAAAAGAUCAACGUGAUGAAUGCCUUAACAGUUUGGAAGAACAUAUUUUAGAUAAUAAUGCUUAUGUAAGAUCCAAAGUUUUACAGGUAUGGCAACAUUUAUGUUGUGAAGGAGCUAUUCCAUUAGCAAGGCAAGGAAAACUUUUAGCUGCUACAGCAUUACGUUUAGAAGAUAAAAGCGCAAAUGUACGAAAACAAGCAUUGCAGUUAGUGCGGGCCUUACUUCAAGGCAAUCCAUUUGCAGCGAAAUUAAAUAAAAUAGAAAUUUCUAAGUCAUUAGAAAAGGAAGAAGUCAACCUGAGAAAGUUACAAACUGAAAAUGUUAAUAAAAGUGCUCAUGGUGACAAUCAAAGAUUAGAAUUGUGGAAUAUUUUGCUUCCAGAAAUAAGAAAAGCAUUAAAAGAAGUUAUUAAUGGUGGAAAUAGAAAGAAUAAAAAGCAAGGAAACGAAGGUGAAGACGAAAAUAUUGAUCCUGAUACAGCAUUUGAACAUGUAAGACAGUUAAUGUUAAAAGAAAAAAUCUUUGAGGCAGUAACAUAUUUGUGGAAAGUUUGUGUUAAAUUGAGGCAAAAUCCAGAUAUAGAAAAUCUUUCUCCUGAAGCAAAGGAGGAAUGUCUAUUUUUACUUUUAUUGAAAACAUUUAUGGAAUCAGAAAACGAUUCAAAUAAUGUAAAAAAAGAUACAGAUAAGAGGCAGUCAGUUGAUAAAAGUAAAGAAAAAGAAGAAAUAAUUGCAAAUUUUGUAUUUAAAAAUUAUUUAAUAUAUUUUAUAAAUUGUUUAGAAUUUGCAACCGAGUUAGAAAUUGCUAUACCUAUGGCAGAAAAAUUACUUUUUUCCACUACAGCAAGCGAUGCUGUUGAAGCAUGCACUUUACUUGGAACUGCUUAUCAAUUUGGUGUAUCUGGAGCUGCAGCCGCUAUGCGUGAUGCUUUAUUUCAAGUAUUUCAUCGUGACCAAUCAGUACGCAACAAUAUAGCGGUUGUAUAUAAAGAUCUCUAUUUAAAUAAAGAUGAAAAUCAAAAAUCAGAACGACAGAAAGCUCUUACGUGUGUUAAAGCAUUGAUUGAAUUAUUGAAAGGACUUCAAUCAGGCCAAAGUCAAGCUUUAACUCAGCUUAUUUUAACGUGGUAUAAUAACAAUGACAUAGAUAAUGAAGUAUUACAGGUCUUGUGGGAAAAAUUUUCAAUGAAAUCAUCUGACACAGAUCCAUUAGAUAGUAGGACUGCUUUAAUGUUAAUAACAAUGAUAGCACAAGCUCAGAGUAGUAUUUUAACUGGAAAUUUAGAAGUACUAAUAAAAGUAGGAUUAGGAUCACGAGCAAAGACUGAUCUUCUACUAGCCAGAGAUACGUGUAGAGCAUUGUUAGCUAUAAAACACAAAAAUGAUGAUAUUGAAAAGCCACCUGUUAGGUACUCCAACGACCACGAAAUGUUUAAACAAAUUCUUACAAUAUUAAUAGAAAAUUUUACUAAUACCGAAGAAGAUGGAUAUGUUUCGUUUGCGACUGAUGCUAUUAAUUCUAUUUACCAUUUGGCAAAUCAGCCCGAUCAUUUAAUGAAACAAUUAUUAUUAGAAGCCUACGCUCGGGGACAAUUUAAUAAUGAUUCAUCUCAACAUACUGUUUCAUUUUUUUUGUUAUCUAAGUUCUUGUACUUAAUUGGACAUAUUGCAAUUAAGGAAAUGGUGCAUUUAGACACAUCAGUCUAUAAGGAAUUAAAGAGAAGAGAUAUUAUAAGAAAAUUAAAAAAAGAAAAAAAUUCAGAUAAAAAUGAAAAAGAUUCUCGUAGAUCUCGAAGUUCGAACAUAGUAGGAUCCACUCCAAAUAGUGCGAGACAAAUACUUCGCAAUAAAGAGACGAGUAUGAUUGUGGAAGAUAAUGGGGAGGAAGCUGUAGAAGGAGCGGCAGAUGAUGCGGAUGCAGAAUUUAUAAAUGAUACUCUUGAAAAUCAUGUUGUAACUGGUGAUGGUCUCUUAGUAAGAUUUGUCCCAUUAGUAUUAGAUGUAUGUCAAUAUCAUGACAAAUAUAAUAAUGAAGAUAUACAAGCUGCUGGAGCUCUUGCUCUCAGUAAAAUGAUGACGGUGAGUUCCAGUUUUUGUGAGGAAUCUUUACAACUUUUAAUUACAAUACUAGAACGUUCACCAUAUCCUGGUAUUCGAGCUAAUGUUCUUAUUGGAAUAAGUGACCUCACAUCUAGGUUUCCUAAUCAAAUUGAACCAUGGAUGAAACAUAUAUAUGGCAGACUUCGAGAUGAAGAUACAAAUGUAAGAAGUACUUGCGUUCGAGUUUUAUCAAGUCUUAUAAUGAGAGAAAUGGUGCGUGUACGAGGUCAAAUAUCAGAACUAGCUCUCUGUAUAGUUGACAAAAGUACACAAAUUCGGCAAGAUACAAAACAAUUCUUUAAAGCACUUUCACAAAAAGGCAAUGCUUUAUAUAAUCUGAUGCCUGAUAUAUUAUCUCGACUAACCGAUCCCGAUUUAGAUAUAAGUGAAUUUGAUUUUCAGGAAAUUCUGAAAUAUAUCAUGGAUUUAUUGCAAAAGGAGAAGCAAGUUGAUGCCAUCAUUGAUAAGAUUUGUGCUAGAUUUAAACUGGCUACUACAGAAAGGCAAUGGCGUGAUUUUGCAUAUGGUAUACGUAGCCUCAUCGAAAGCUUACCGCAACUAAAGGAUAAAAUUCAUCAUAAACAAGUUUUAAGGGCUUUACAAUCUGUCAUAGAACAAACGAAGAAAAAACCAAAUACACAAGCGGCUUGUAUAGAAUUAGAAGAAAAAAUAGAAGAACUGCUUAAAGGAACAGAAAAUUUAGAACAAAGUGAUACUGAAGUAAUGCCACCACCACCAGUACCAAAAUCGAAAAAACACGCCAAACGUAGAAAACAUAGAAGUAGUAGUGAGGAAGAAGAUGAUAUCGAUAGUGAUUCUGAUAUAGCACCUGUAAAAACAAAAAGUUCUAAAGUAAAGUCACGCGAAGGCAAAUCAAGUUCUAGUUCGGAUUCAGAUACUGAUGACAUAUCAAUGAAAACUGUUAGAAGACAAUCUAAGAUAAAUACACCCACAUCAGCAGUAAAACCAAGUCGAAGGAAACACAUGGAUUCAGUUACAGCCACUCCAUCACCAUUAUCAAAAAGAAAUAAACAAGUUGCAACGCCAAUGCGUACUGAACGAAGAUCUGUACGUUUAUCUCAAUCUCGAACAAAACGUUAA